CGGCGGUUUUCAGGCCAGUUGCCAGUCUCCCAUCGUCUUCACUCAUAGCCUGUGGCCAACUCCUUUGUUCGGAAAAUUAUAGGGUUUGUGUCAGCAAGAAUCCUUCGUCUUUCAUCAUAUCGGCUUUUCUGGCCGAACACAAAACACAUCUACGAUCAGCGAUCUGAAAAAUCAAGAAAGAAGUACGAGACAGAAGCUCAUGUAUUCUUGAAAGAAAAGGACCCCCCUGAACUUCAACGAUGAACGAAUCCAACAUCACGUCAUUGACAUCCGGGUAUCCUGAAGAGUUCAUUGACUUCGACGAUGCAUCAUGGGUUCUGGCGAGUCUGUUCACUAUCAUCAGCAUACAAGCAGGAAUGGCACUACGGGAAGUAGCAGUGGUGUCGACCGGAAAUGACGUCAACGUAGUGACGAAAUGCAUCUGCAGUGUUGUCCUGGGCGGAUUUGCAUACUGGAUAUUUGGCUAUGCCCUGAGCUUUGGGAGGGAUUACGGCACGAAUCCAUUUUGCGGCUGGGGAUCGUUCUUCGUCACAGCGCCUGACGUCAGACUACAGGGUUGGCAGUACGCGCACUUCUUCCACCACCUGUCGUACGUUACCAUGGCGACCACGCUCGUGUCAGGCGCAAUGGCGGGAAAAAUGAGGUUGAAGGCCUACAUGGUUUACUGCAUCGUGAACGUCCUGCUGUUGGUGUUCCCUAUGCACUGGGUCUGGGGACACAACGGAUGGCUAAAACUACUAGGUGCGACAGAUGUGUCAGGUGCAGGUCCUGUGCACAUGAUAUCAGGAACACACAGUUUGGUUCUUGCCAAGCUCAUGCUACGACGAAGGAUGGAAAAAUCCAACCCAGAAAGCCAACAACCAACACGGGAGUCACCUGAAAAGAUGCUGAUUGGCUCAUGUCUGAUUUGGUGCGGUUUUCACAGUCUAGCCAUAGGGAGCGCGUUCGGCAUCGCUGGGUUAAAAUGGAAGCUUGCUUCAAGAGCUGUGGUCAAUACAUUUAUCUCAUCUUCAACUGGAGCCAUCGUUGCCAUCCUUUUAAGUUACUACUUCAACAAAGGCAAGAUAAAAACUGGAGACCUGACGCAAGGAAUCUUAGGGUCACUAGUUGGCGUUUCAGGUAUCAGCCGCGUCACCCAUCCAUGGGCUGCUGUGAUAAUAGGCGGUGUCAGUUCUGCUCUGGCCUACUUUGUUCCCGUAGGACUAAACAAGCUAAAGGUCAAUGACCCCGUGAAUGGUGUGGCUGUCCACGGCGCAUGCGGACUGUGGGGAGUCCUGUCUGUAGGGAUCUUUGGAGUAUUGGAGCUGGAAGGACAACCCAACACAUACCGGAGUAUGAUCGAGGGAGGAGGGUUGUACCUGUUCGGAGUUCAAACGUUGGAAGCAGUCAUCCUCAUUUUCUGGAGUGCCGGCACUUCCGUUGCAGUCUUCAAGGUCAUUGACGUCACCAUAGGACUGAGCGUGACCCCGGAAGUAGAAAAGGGAGGACUUGACCUGUACGAGCACGGUGUAGGAGAACCACCUGCAGAGCUCUCGGAGAAGCCGGAGAAAAGAGAGGACGAAAAGAGAGAGGAGAAGAAGAGAGAGGAAGUGGUGGAGGAGAAGGAUGGGUAUGACUCCAGCUCAGAGGGCAGACAAAAGAAGAGUGAAGAAGAUGUGCCCGUCAAAACUCACGUCAGACGUGAAAAAGACGUCACAAACGUCUCGCACGUCAACGAAAAGUCUUCGACACCAACACGAACCCCUGGCGUCAGAGUCGGAACCGAUUCCAGACAAGCUUCGACCAACCCGAGUAGACACGAGGUCGAAGUCCACCGUCCCACAAAUGUCGUGGGGACUAAAAAGACUCAAAACACAGUUUCUCACGUGGUUGCAAGCGUCGUGGGAGAUCAAGAAGAAAACGCCAUACGACACUCCGUUGAGGAUGGAACGAUUUCUAAGAAAAACUCAUUGGAGAGAAAAGACAGUGGGUACGACUCUGGGACUGGAUCACCAUUCAAGAUAAACUCCUUAGAAAAGAAUGACAUCAGUUACGAGUCUGAGAUUGAAACAAUUCCCAAGACUUUCGCCUCAGAAACAAAAGACAAAAGUUGCGACUCUGGCAAUGGUAGUGAAGAAGACACAGCCAAGAAGGGAAGUCGUCGUCUUAGAAGCAUUAAAGGGUCCAUUUCUAAAGCUUGCAGCAUUAUCUUUUCAAACGACAGUACAUUGUCUACCAUUCAAGAGACAUCAACUGAUGGCGAGACAGUAUCGAUAGGAAAUGACCCUGACUUGCGAAAGUCCAUCCUUAAGUCGAUCUUGGACAGAAAGUCCGUCUCAUUGAAGAGAAGGGAGAAGGUUCUGCGGUUCCUUGAAGGGGACAGGGUGACCUACCCGGCAACGGACACUUUCCCUCGGAUUUCAAGGGGUCAAACUAUGACCUUUAUGUUUCACGACUCGGACUGAUAGUGAAACAAACUUUGUUUCUACUGCCGUGGGUAGCUUGACUAAAAUCACGCUCCUAGCGGCUGGCCCUAGAAAUGCCACCGCCCUAGGGGGAGGGGUCAUUAACCCCAGCCAGCAAGAGAUAGUAUUUCUGUAAAUCUUCCGUGUAUACAUUUCAAUCCUAUCAAAUUGUUAUAAUCUAAAUCACUAAUUUUUCACAAGCAAUAAGCAAUCCCCAAUCAUGAUAAUCAUUAUAUAUAUAUAUAUAUACGGGUAGUGUUACAAUAUAUCGAUAGUGAUAUCUGGUUAUUGUAUCCAAAUAGACAGCAUUCUUGUAUCUCAAUUAAAAAACUGAUGUAAUGUUAGAAAUAUUUAUCCGGAAUUACUACGAUAUUAUUUCACCAAUGUAUUAACAAUUUGCUUUGGAUUCGAAGUCAGGGUCUUUAAUGAAGUCAAAUUGUAAUUUUUCUUUCAGAUUAUCAAUAUUGAUAGUAACAGCAGAAAAAAAUUAAACAUGUAGAAUUGAAAAAU